UCCCUGCCAUUUCUUGAAAAAUAAAAAUCGAGGCCCUGGGGUUCAAGGAACAAACCCCACCGAUAGGGUUUAACAGGAAGGUUAGGAGAGCAGAGCAGCCGCCGUCCCGGAGGCCGGAGUCCCUCGCCGCCGAAACCCGCUCCCUCCCUCCACUCCCACCACAUCACCCCUGCUACGACCGAAAUCCCUUUCACUCGCAACCGGCGGCGUGGCCCGGACGCGAAUCCCCUCUCGCCGGCGGCGUGGCCCCGACGCGAUUCCUCUCGCCGUGCCCGUGUUCUGUAGCAGGGGAUUUCUACGAUGUCUUUUGCUAGUAGGAUGGGGAUUGUGCUGAGGAGGGCCUCGGGGUCCUCGAAUUCGUCGCUGCUCCAGGCAGUAAGGUGCAUGUCUUCUUCCAAGCUUUUUGUUGGAGGACUAUCAUAUGCCACAGAUGACCCAACUCUGAGGGAUGCCUUUUCUGGCUAUGGAGACGUCCUUGAAGCUAGAAUCAUCAUGGACAGGGAGUCUGGCAGGUCAAAGGGCUUUGGAUUUGUUACUUAUGCAUCUACAGAAGCUGCCGCGGCUGCCAUUAGUGCCAUGGAUGGCAGGGACCUUCACGGACGAAUGAUAAAGGUAGAAUACGCCAGUGACCGUGCUGGUGGGACACGUGGAGGUGGAUACGGCACUGGUAAUUACGGAAGUGGCGGAUAUGGCGGCGCGGGAUUUGGAAGCGGCGGCGGUGGAUAUGCUGGCAAUGGUGGUUGUUACGGAAGUGGCGGAUAUGGCAGCACGGGAUAUGGAAGUGGUGGUGAUGGAUAUGCGGGCAAUGGUGCUGAUUAUGGAAGUGCAGGGCAUGGCAGUGGUGGUGGAUAUGGUAAUGCGGGAUAUGGUGGUUACAGUAGUGCUGCAGGUGGCGGCGAGUAUUCUAGCAUCAACAACAAUGCUGUUGCUGGUGGCUAUGGCGGCAUUGACGGAAGCUACAAUAAUGCCAGCAACUCGGGCGGAAGUGCUGGUAGCUAUGGCGGUGCUUGCGAAAUCUACAAUAAUGCCAGCAACUCUGGUGGAAGUGCUGGUGGCUAUGGCGGCAGUGGCGGAAGCUACAAUAAUGCCAGCAACUCGGUCGGUAGUGCUGGUAGCUAUGGCGGCGGUGGCGGAAUCUACAAUAAUGCCAGCAACUCAGGUGGAAAUGUUGGUGGCUACGGCGGCGGUGGCGGAAGCUACAAUAAUGCCAGCAACUCGGGUGGAAGUGCUGGUGGCUACGGCGGCGGUGGCGGAAGCUACAGUAAUGCCAGCAACUCGGGUGGAAGUGCUGGUGGCUACGGCGGCGGUGGCGGAAGCUACAAUAAUGCCAGCAACUCGGGUGGAAGUGCUGGUGGCUACGGCGGCGGUGGCGGAAGCUACAAUAAUGCCAGCAACUCGGGUGGAAGUGCUGGUGACUACGGCGGCUGUGGCAGAAGCUACAAUAAUGCCGGCAACUCAGGUGGAAGUGCUGGUGGCUACGGCGGCGGUGGCGGAAGCUACAAUAAUUGCAGCAACUCGGGUGGAAGUGCUGGUGGCUACGGCGGCGGUGGCGGAAGCUACAAUAAUGCCAGCAACUCGGGUGGAAGUGCUGGUGGCUACGGCGGCGGUGGCGGAAGCUACAAUAAUGCCAGCAAUUCGGGUGGAGGUGCUGGUAGCUACGGCGGCGCUGGUGGCUAUGGCGCGGGCAACUACAACAGCGGAGCUGGCGGCAAUGCAGUCUUCGGCGAAAAGACCGGCAGUUUCAGUAGUGGGUAUUCUGCUGUUGCUGGUGGCAACAACGGCAGCGCUGGUGGGAACAAUUUCCCCAACAUGUAUGGUGCCGGCAACUACAACAGCGGAGCUGGCGGCAAUGCAGUCCUCGGUGAAAAGACUGGCAGUUUCAGCAGUGGGCAUUCUGCUGUUGCUGGUGGCAACAACGGCAGUGCUGGUGGGAACAAUUCCCCCAACACCUAUGGUGCCGGCAACUUCAACAGCGGAGCUGGCAGCAAUGCAGUCUUCGGCGAGAAGACCGACAGUUUCAGCAGAGGGAAUUCUGUUGUUGCUGGUGGCAACAACGGCGGCUACAGUGCUGGUGGAUACAAUUCCCCCAACACCUUUGGUGCAGGAAACUACAACAGCGGAGCUGGCAACAAUGCAGUCUUGGGCGGAAGCACUGGCAGUUUCAGCAGCGGGCAUUCUGCGGUUGCUGGUGGCAACAACGGCGGCUACAGUGCUUGUGGGUACAAUUCCCCCAACACCUUUGGUGCCGGAAACUACAACAGCGGAGCUGGCGACAGUGCAGUCUUGGGUGGAAGCACUGGCAGUUUCAGCAGCGGGCAUUCUGCGGUUGCUGGUGGCAACAACGGCGGCAACUUUGCUGGAAAUGUGAGCGGCAACUUUCCUGGCAGCCGCAAUGGCAGCAGCUAUGCCGGAGGAUUCGGCGGCGCCGAGACCCUUGGAGCUAGCAAGGUGCAGUACAACGGCCAAGACGACCUGCUGGGUGCUGACUACUUCUCCGAGUCGGAGGACCGUCAUGCGGGCAGGUCAGCGUAACUUUACAGUGUCGCGGAACAUCUUGUGAUGCAAAGGUAACAAUAAUGAAUGCCCGGCGGGUGCUUUUUGUUAGAGAAAACCCAAAGCUUGAUGAUGCCUCUGGGGUAGGUUAUUAAGUAAAGAAGAAGUGUUUAGGUAUUCUGCUUUGGUUUUGCAUGCUAUUUUGAGACGAGAACAGUUAUGGUGAUGCUUCUGGCAACGAUUACUCCUUUUUAUCGUGUA